UUUAAGAUGAGGCCUUCUGGGGAAUGUGUAGUGGUAGGGAGAGAGGAAGGAUGAAAUAUUGUUUUUUUUCUUAGUGUUUAAAGUAUAUUUUCUGCAAUUGUAACAUGUGCCGCAUCAUAAUUUAUCUCAGCGAGUAAUUGCUCAGUGCACCUUUGAGACUACAUAUGACUUUGCUUCAGCUCCGAAACGUGUAGAACAGCAGAUCAGUUAUUAUCCUAGUUUUUUUACACAGUGCAGUGUUUCUUGUCGCUUGCUUUACUUGGAAUAAGUCAUUAGCCUCUUGCCAGAGGCUUAGUGCAAGGGAUGCCACUCCUCAUCAUGCAUGGCUGACUGGAAAACUCUCCACUCUCACUGCCUUGGGCGUUUAUUCAGCUCUAACAAGGUAACAAGAUGGAUUUCACCUUCUCAGCUGACCACCUGCAAGCUUUGUCAAACCUGCUGUCCUGUUCAGAUCGAGAAGAGGAGGAACUGGAUGAGGAGCCUUGCGCAGGAGGUUUUGAACUGAACCCUGGGCAGAUUGGGCCACCUAAGGAAUCGAAUCCUACAGCUAAAGCAGAUUCCAAGCCUGAAAAACCUUCAAACCCCAAACAGAUCUGGGCAGAGGUUGACGUGCCUGAGGGGUCAGAGUUUGAGGAUAUCUGGGAUCCAAGAAAACAGCCUGAAUAUGAGAUUUUGUUCAAACAACGAGUUGGCACAGAAGAUGUGUUUCUCGGCAUGAGCAGAAAGGAUAACUCCACAGCCUGUUGUGAAGACAUGGUGAUAAAAAUCAAGCUGCCAGAUUGCAAACCAGCAGACGUCACUCUGGACAUUAAAGAACGCUUUCUUGCUCUUCGAUCACCUGACUAUAAACUCGGAUUGCACCUGCCUCAUUCAGUGGACAGUAAGAAUGGAAAAGCACGUUUCAACACAGACACUCAAACACUGGAAAUUACCUUAACUAUGAAGAGGGAAUUUGAUUUCAUUAACUUUGCUUAAGCCAUGUAAUGAGGAUUAGGAAUUUUCAGUGGGUACUUUGUGUAUUCAAGCGCACAUGAAGGGCUUGCAGUCUGUGUACAUUUAUCGUUUUUGUUUUAAAUAGGCACUUUUAUGUUUAUUCUCCAUUCUGGAAGUGAAAUAGGAUUAAAGGAAUUCAAUUACCAUUUUAGCUUUGGGCAAUUAAAUCAUAACCUGUAGAAGUAAUACAAAUGUAAAAUUUCAUACUUGUCUGGAUGUUUCUGCAGAUGAAUGAUUUGAUUGGUGUUCAAAGGAUUCCUGUGGACAUUUUUGAUUAGGGAUUUUUUUUUAACCACAAGUACUUCUGGCUUGUGACAGUAAUGCUCCACUAUAGUAUUACGGAAAAUUUUUAUUGUUUGCUUUGUGAAAUGUGGAACAGUUUGAUAAAUGCUCAUGUUUAAGUGAUA